GAGGUGGUGGUAGUGAGCACGCGGCACACUUCGCGCUUCUCUUUGUAAGUUCUCACAGUAUCACGCACCUCGGGUUACUCUCGCAGGUGAAAUAAACUGUUCCUCUCCUCCGUGAUUCGAUUCUGUCCAUCGUAUCCGCGGGAUUAUUCUCUCUUUUUCUAUGACUAUUCGUGUAACCGUGUUUGCAGAGAAUCGAGCAUCCAAUGUGUUCAACCGCGAGAGACGGCCUCGGCCUUGCUACUGUUACUAGUGUACUAUGUCAUUGAGAGGAUCCGUCUGAACGAGCGAAGAAUCAGAUUUCUCUCCGCGACCUUUCCGUCGCCACGUGCUUCGCAUCCUUUGGAUUUUUUUCCCCCAAUUUUUCCGAUCCGCCGCGCGAACGGUUUCAACGACUUGACCAAGUUCCUCCAACGGCACUUUCACGCUUCGCCUAUUAAACAAAUCAGAAUGUAUGGACCGAUUUUCUUCGUUUCCAUUCUGGGAGCAUUUCGUGAAAUUGCCGCUGCCUCGCAACACAUUAACAAAGAUCUCACGAACCACUACAAUGCUCGUUUUCACGUUUACGAAGAACCGUACAGUAUCGACUUCACAUAUCAUAAUUACGAGCAAAUGAGUCGUUUUCUACGAACAACGUCUCUUCGAUUUCAAAACCUCACUGCCUUAUAUUCUAUAGGAAAAUCCGUAAAAGGUCGUGAUUUGUGGGUAAUGGUUGUUUCUUCCUCGCCUUACGAGCAUAUGAUCGGUAAGCCUGACGUAAAAUAUGUGGCCAAUAUACAUGGGAACGAAGCUGUGGGCCGUGAAUUAAUGUUACAUCUGAUUUACUUCUUUGUGACAAAUUAUGGAUCAGAUCCGUAUAUUACGUGGCUUUUAGACAAUACCAGAAUUCACAUUCUUCCAUCAAUGAACCCUGAUGGCUUUGAGGUUUCAAAAGAAGGAUAUUGCGAAGGUGGUCAAGGCAGGUAUAACGCACGUGGUUUCGAUUUAAAUCGAAAUUUCCCCGAUUAUUUUAAACAAAAUAACAAAAAAAGUCAACCAGAGACAGAAGCUGUAAAGGAAUGGGUCUCGAAAAUUCAGUUCGUUUUGUCUGGAAGUUUACAUGGUGGUGCCUUAGUUGCAAGUUAUCCAUUCGAUAACACACCUAACUCGCGAAUAUGCCGGUCAGCGCCAUUAUGUGCAGUGUUUCAGAGUUACACUUCGGCGCCAAGUAUUUCCCCAGAUGAUGAUGUAUUUCAACACCUGUCGUUAGUGUAUUCCCGAAACCAUGGAUCUAUGUACCAAGGAAUGCCCUGUUCGCCAUCUCAGCCGGGAUUUAAAAACGGUAUCACUAAUGGAGCACAAUGGUAUCCACUCACCGGUGGAAUGCAAGAUUUUAACUACGUGUGGAAUGGAUGUAUGGAAAUUACAUUAGAACUUUCGUGCUGCAAAUAUCCUCCUGCGUCUGACUUGCAAUUUUAUUGGGAGGAAAAUCGCGUGGCUCUCAUUAAAUUUUUAGCAGAAGCUCAUAGAGGAGUUCGUGGAUUUGUUAUCGAUGAAAAUGGAAAUCCCAUUGAGAGAGCAUCUAUCAAAGUAAAAUCACGGGAUGUUAGUUUUCUUACUACAAAAUAUGGUGAAUUUUGGAGAAUUUUACUACCAGGAAUAUACAAAUUAGAGGUAUAUGCAAAUGGAUAUCUUCCACGCGAAGUAGAAUUUAGGGUAGUAGAACAACAUCCAACGUCUUUCAAUGUAACAUUAUACAGAGCAAGUAGACAUCCAAUUGAGGAUGAAACUGGAUCCAAUUUUUAUAAUGGAAACAGGGACCAUACUAAUCGAGAUCAUGUGAUACAUUUUCGACCACAUUCUGGAACCAAUACUGCAUCCGAAGCAAAUAGCGGAAUUUUUUCAUCCCUUAGUAACGGAUUCAAUUCCUUCGUCAAUAAUUGGUUUGGGUGAUUAAUUAUAACUUAGCAAAGAGCUAAUUUUUUAACAAUAUUAUUGCAUUAUGUUGGUCUCAUAAUGAUCAAUAGAAACGAAACAGCGUUGAAAAUAUUUAUCAUUAGUUGUUACUUUAUUCUGCUAUUCUAUUCUAAAUGAAGAUAUAAUAAUUUAUAAAAUAGAUAUCAUUGAUAAAAUUGAAAACAA